AUUGCAAUUAUUAAUGCGUUGCCAACCAUUGACUACAACCAAGUCCUAAAUAUUUUUCUGUGUUAUAAAUUAAUUGGCGAUUAUAGUCAUUGAAAUAAAUGGCUUCAAAUAAGCGGUCGAAUACAUUGUCAGACUUAGUUGUGAUUGAAAAAGACGUUAAUUUUAAUGAGUUGUAUGAUAUUAAGGAAGAUAUCGGAAGAGGACGAUUUGGACUUUGCAAACGAGUGGUUGAAAUGUCGACCAAUAAAGAGAAAGCGGCAAAAAUUAUACGUUGUUUGAGACCUAACGAUAGAGAAGAAGUGUAUCGAGAAAUCAAUAUUAUGUGUCAAUUGAAACAUAAAAAUUUGGUUCAAUUGGACAAAGCCUUUGAAUUUGCAAAAGAGAUGAUUUUAAUCACAGAAUUUAUUUCUGGCGGAGAACUGUUUGAGCGAAUUGUCGCCGAAAACUAUAUACUCACAGAAUUUGAAUGCAUUUUAUUUAUGCGACAAAUAUGUGAAGCCGUGUCAUACAUGCACUCAAAUAAUGUCAUGCAUUUGGACUUAAAACCGGAAAAUAUUUUAUGUAAAACCCGAAACAGUUAUGACAUUAAAAUAAUAGACUUUGGAUUAGCCCGCGGUUACAGUAGAGAAGAAACACUUAAGAUAUUGUUUGGCACUCCUGAGUUUGUGGCACCAGAAAUCAUUAAUUAUGAAGUGGUAACUCCAGCGGCCGAUAUGUGGUCAGUCGGUGUGAUUUGUUACGUAUUGUUGAGUGGAUUGUCGCCAUUCAUGGAUGAAACCGACGCCAAGACAUUAUGUAACGUAACUCAAGCGCACUAUGACUUCGAGGACGAGGCCUUCGACUCCAUCUCAGAUGAGGCCAAACAAUUCAUUUUGUCAUUAUUGGUGAAGAAUCCAGAAGAACGCCUGACUGCUGAUGAAUGUCUGUCCAAUAGAUGGUUAAAGAGAGAGCCAUCAAAGCAUAUCCCAAUUGCAACAGAAAAACUCAAAAAAUUUUUAAUUCGCCGAAAAUGGCAGAAAACUGGGACUGCAAUACUAGCAUUGGGUCGUAUAACACAUUUAGGACUCACCAAAAAUCUAAUGCCAAUCGACAAUCAAUCUAAUAAUCAUUAA